UCUUAUUUAUCUCUAGGUUUGGUGCUCGCUGACUAGAUCCGCGGGUUUGCCGGCGUUUUCUUAUCUAUCUGCCAGCUCUAAUUGAUGUGGUUGGUAGGGUAGGAGAGACUGUAGAUUACUAUGAUUUUGAUUGGGUGCUGGAGAAGUGGCGGGAGUGCUUGCCGUAGGCCUUAGAUUUCACAUUUGGUAGAGGGUUUGAUUCAGAGGAAGCUUCGGCGAUUGUUGAUGGAGACCGACGAGGAGAGUGGUGUUGAAAACAACCUGUGAAAUAUCUGAGAAGGCUAGAAUCACACUAUGUCCACCUCUACAAAAAUUCUGGACCCUGCAUUUCAAGGAGCUGGCCAAAGAGUAGGCACUGAGAUUUGGCGUAUUGAGAACUUUGAACCAGUUCCUCUGCCAAAGACUGACCAUGGUAAAUUCUACUCAGGGGAUUCAUAUAUCAUUUUACAGACUACUUCUGGCAAAGGUGGUUCUUACGUGUAUGACAUUCAUUAUUGGAUUGGGAAAGAUACUAGUCAAGAUGAAGCUGGAACUGCAGCAAUCAAGACAAUUGAACUUGAUGCUUCUCUUGGUGGUCGUGCAGUUCAACACAGAGAACUUCAGGGUCAUGAAUCUGACAAGUUUUUGUCUUACUUUAAGCCAUGCAUCAUUCCUCUUGAGGGUGGUGUUGCCUCUGGAUUUAAAAAGCCAGAAGAGGAGAAGUUUGAAAGUCGUCUUUUUGUUUGUAGGGGCAAGAGAGUUGUAAGAAUGAAGCAAGUUCUAUUUGCACGUUCUUCAUUAAAUCACGAUGAUGUAUUUAUUUUGGACACUGAAAAUAAAAUAUAUCAAUUUAAUGGUGCCAACUCAAACAUCCAAGAAAGAGCUAAAUCUUUAGAAGUGAUACAAUAUUUGAAGGAUAAAUACCAUGAAGGAAAGUGUGAUGUUGCUAUUAUUGAUGAUGGGAAGCUCGUAGCAGAGUCAGACUCGGGUGAAUUCUGGGUUCUCUUUGGUGGCUUUGCACCUAUUGGCAAAAAGCCAACAGGUGAAGAUGACGUGUUUAUGGAAAAAUCACCUGCAAAGCUCUACAGCAUCAAUGAUGGUCAGUUGAAGUUGGAAGAAGGCUCGCUUUCCAAAGCAAUGCUUGAAAACAAUAAAUGCUAUUUGCUGGAUUGUGGUGCUGAGAUUCAUGUUUGGGUUGGUCGAGUAACACAAUUGGAGGAGAGGAAAGCUGCAUGCAAAGCUGCUGAGGAACUUAUAAAUAAUGAGAGCCGGCCAAAGGCAACCAAGAUAAGCCAAAUUAUUCAGGGAUAUGAGACUCAUUCAUUCAAGUCCAACUUUGAAUCUUGGCCUUUAGUCACUGGUACAGGAAGUGCUGCGGGCGAGGAAGGGAGAGGAAAAGUUGCAGCUCUGUUGAAGCAACAAGGCAUUGAUGUGAAGGGAAGCACAAAAACUUCUCCUGUGAAUGAGGAUGUUCCGCCUUUGUUUGAUGGUGGGGGGAAAGUUGAGGUCUGGCGCAUCAAUGGUAGUGCAAAGACAUCAAUUCCACAAGAAGAUGUUGGUAAAUUCUUCAGCGGUGAUUGUUAUAUCAUACUUUAUACAUAUCAUUCUGGUGAGAAAAAAGAGGAUUACUUCCUAGCCUGUUGGAUUGGAAAUGAAAGCAUUCAGGAUGAUCAUAUGACGGCUUCUCGAUUGGCUAAUACAAUGUGGACUUAUAUGAAAGGAAGACCAGUUCAGGGUCGCAUUUUUCAAGGGAAGGAGCCACCACAAUUCAUUGCCCUCUUUCAGCCAAUGGUUGUUUUAAAGGGUGGUCUGAGCACAGGUUACAAGAAAUCAGUGGAGGAGAACAAUAUUCGUGAUGAAACAUAUGCAUCUGAUAGCAUUGCACUAAUUCGUGUGUCUGGUACUUCAGCUCAUAAUAAUGCAGCAGUUCAAGUUGAUGCGGUUGCAACAUCUUUAAAUUCUUAUGACUGCUUUCUUUUGCAAUCUGGAAAUACUUUGUUCAUAUGGCAAGGGUCAUCUAGCUCGUUUGAGCAGCAACAGUUGGCUACAAACAUUGCAGAAUUUUUGAAGCCUGGAGCUGCAUUUAAACAUGCGAAGGAGGGAACAGAGAGCUCUGCUUUUUGGUUUGCUCUUGGAGGAAAACAAAGUUUCUCCAGCAGUAAAGUAACGACAGAUAUUUUUAGAGAUCCCCAUUUGUACACGUUCUCAUUCAACAAAGAAAAAUUAGAGGUCACUGAAGUUUUCAACUUUGUGCAAGAUGAUCUGCUAAGUGAGGAUAUGCUGAUACUUGACACCCACUCUGAAGUCUUUAUUUGGAUCGGCCAAUGUGUAGAAACCAAGGAGAAACAACGAGCAUUUGACAUGGGCGAGAAAUACAUAGAGCUUGCAGGAUGCUUAGAGGGGCUAGCUUCAGAUGUGCCCCUUUACAGAGUCACCGAGGGCAACGAGCCCUGCUUUUUUACAGCAUAUUUCACCUGGGAUGGUGCAAAGGCUGCUGCCCAUGGGAAUUCUUUUGAGAAGAAGCUUGCAAUCUUAUUUGGGACAGUUUUUCAUACUUCAGAGUCUAAGGAUAAAUCAAAUAAUGCAAAUCAAAGUGGACCCACUCAGAGGGCAUCUGCUUUAGCAGCACUCUCUUCUGCGUUUAAUCCUCAUUCUAAGGCCAAGCCUGCAAACCCUAUUCCAGUUCGUUCAACUAAGGGUGGUUCUCAAAGAGCAGCUGCAGUUGCUGCUCUGUCUUCUGUUCUCACAGCUGAACAAAAGAAAGCACAAGCUGAGGGAUCCACUCGCAGAUUUGGCAGAAAUUCACCCCCAGAUUCAAAUACUAUUGAAUCACUAAAGGGAGAGACAGCAAGUUCUGUGACAUGGGAUCCAGCUGAAGACUCAACAGAGAAGGAAGUGAUUGAAGGGGAAGGUUCCGUAUCAGAGAGCAGUGAUGCGAGUUUAGAGGCGAGCGGCGACACCUCUGUAGAAGAUAAUGCUGAUGAAAACACAUAUAGCUACGAGCGGCUGAAAGCGAAAUCCAGGAAACCGAUUACUGGAAUCGACUACAAACGCAGAGAGGCAUAUCUAUCUGAUGAGGAGUUCCAGACUGUUUUUGGAAUGACCAAAGAAGCAUUUUAUCAGCAGCCAAAGUGGAAGCAAGACAUGCAAAAAAGAAAGUUUGAUCUCUUCUGAAUUCUAAUAUUUCAGGCAUAUUUCUCCAACUCCUUUAAGUUAUAUAUUUCCUUGUUUUCAUUUUUAUUUCUUUUUUUUUUUUUUUUCACUUUCUGCAUCUUUUGGGGGUUACUUCUGCUAGUUUGCUGGAGUGAUUUUUGCAGUUUUGCAUGCAUUCUUUGAUUUGUAAAUGAAUAUUGAAGUUUGGUGUUUCA